AUGUCUGCCGAAGGCGUUGAUGCGGCUGUGCCGAACCUCAACCUGAAUGCCGAAGAGAAGCGUUUCUACGGCCAGCUUUUCCGCCAAGCCGAUACAGAAGGUGUUGGUGUAGUUACCGGAGAGACUGCAGUCAAGUUCUUCGAGAAGACUCGCCUCGAUUCGAGAAUACUGGGAGAGAUAUGGCAAAUCGCGGAUAAGGAGAAUCGGGGCUUUCUGACCCCAGCCGGCUUCGGCCUUGUGCUGCGGCUCAUCGGACAUGCCCAAGCCGGACGGGAACCAACGCCGGAACUGGCCCUCCAACAGGGACCGCUGCCGCGAUUCGACGGCAUGCCCCCUCCUCCCGCGGGUCCUCUUCAGUCUCCCACACCUCCUCCCGCCGCCGCUCUCCAGGCCCAAGGCACCGGCGGAGGACCGAUCCGAAUCCCUCCGCUGACCCCGGAGAAGGUUAAUCAAUAUGCUGGACUGUUCGAGCGCCAGCCGCUCCAAGCGGGUAAUCUCUUGCCUGGUGACCAGGCCAAGUCUAUCUUCGAGAAGUCCGGUCUGCCAAACGAAGUUCUGGGUAGGAUCUGGCAAUUGGCUGAUACAGAGCAACGCGGCGCCUUGGUUUCGACAGAGUUCGUCAUUGCUAUGCAUCUGCUCACAUCGAUGAAGACCGGUGCUCUCAGGGGCCUGCCUAAUAUUCUCCCGGCUGCCCUCUACGAGGCCGCAACCCGUCGCGGGCCUGCCGCGCCUCGCCAGUCGCCUACAGGCACUGGUCCCAUCUCUGCCAUUCCGAGACAACUCAGUGGUUCGGCCCAGUUCCGCGCCGGCAGCCCCCUUGGACGCCCUCCCAUUACUGCGCAAACAACGGGUCAGCAAGGAAGUGACUGGCUCAUCACUCCGGCCGACAAGGCCCGUUUUGACGCUCUAUAUGACGACUUGGACAAGACUCGUAAAGGGUUUAUUACUGGCGAGGAGGCCGUCCCUUUCCUGAGUCAGUCCAACCUUCCCGAAGAUGCCCUGGCGCAGAUCUGGGACCUUUCAGACAUUAACUCUGAUGGCCGAUUGACCCGCGACACCUUCGCCGUUGCCAUGUACCUAAUUCGACAACAAAGAGGCAGACGGGAUGGCUCAGCUCUUCCUUCAGCCUUGCCUCCUAACCUCAUCCCGCCCAGCUUCCGCACCCAGGCGCGACCUACGACCUCAGGCUCACCAUUCGAUGCCCCUCCCCAGCCUCAACCUCCGGCUCCGGCCCCGGCCCCGGCCCCUCCGGCACCGAAGUCUGCUCUUGACGAUUUAUUUGGUCUGGACACUCCGCCCGCUCCUGCUCCCGCCCAGGUUGCCCUCUCCACUGGCGGUUCGACAGCGAAUGAUCCUUUUGGAUCCGGCUCAGCUGUUUUGGCCCCUUCUUCUCCCAUUCGCCCAUCUCCGACUGGAAACCAGUUCAAGCCCUUUGUGCCGUCUUCAUCUUUUGGUCGUGGACUCACUGCGCAGCCUACGGGAGAUUCGAACUCAGGCAGGCCGCCGGCCCCCUCCGUAUCCGAGGAUCUCCUCGGCGAUGGCGAUCCUGAAGUCAGCAAGAAGCUUACAAACGAGACUGCCGAGUUGGCGAACUUGUCCAACCAAGUUGGCUCCUUGUCUAAGCAGAUGCAAGAGGUUCAAGGACAGCGCACGUCCACGCAGAACGACCUUAACCAAGCGAACUCGCAGAAGAAGAACUUUGAGCAGCGACUAGCCCAGCUCCGUACCUUGUACGAGAAGGAAGCUAAGGAUGUAGAAGCUUUGCAGGUACAGCUCAACACGUCGAGAAACGAGACCAAGAAGCUCCAAGCCGAGUGCAUGACGUUGGACGGCUCUUACAGAGACCUGCAAACCCAGCAUCAGCAAGUUUUGGCUGGGCUGCAGGCUGACCAGCAAGAGAACGCCAGCCUUAAGGAGAAGAUCCGUACAGUCAAUGCCGAGAUUGCCCAAAUCAAGCCUCAAAUCGAGAAGCUCAAGUCUGAGGCCAGACAGCAAAAGGGACUGGUUGCAAUUAACAAGAAGCAACUGGUCACAAACGAGGGUGAGCGCGACAAGCUGCAGUCCGAACUGACUGAUCUUACCAAGAGCAACGAGGACUUGUCUAGACAAGCCAACACCAGCUCCCCUGUGGCGACGUCGGCGCAAGUUGCGAGCCCGGCGCCCUCAACCGCGAGCGGAAACAACCCCUUCUUCCGUAGGACAGCGAGCACUGACGUGAUGGGUACCUUCACCUCGCCGCCUCCUUCCAAGCCCUUUGGUGGUGACAAGUCUUUUGACGAUGUCUUUGGGCCAGCUUUCCCUCCUCCUGCGUCCACCAGCACGCCGCCGCCUGCCACGUCUUUUAUGCCACAGCACACAGGUGCGUCGACAGCUAGCAUGGGCUCGUUUUCGAAUCCUCCUGUUCCCACAUCACCCACGGCUAGUCGUCAGGCUACACUCACGGCUGAGCCUCCUGCCCCACCUGAGUCGAGACAAAUUAGCUCCAGCUUUCUCCCAUUCCCCGAUGCUGCCGAAUCUCUGAGCUCAUCGAGGGCAGUGUCUCCCCCUGCCUCCCGUGCCGAGGGCGGCGAGACUCCCUCGGCCAGCGCGCUGCCUGGAGCUUUCCCUGUUGAACCCACGCCAACAGGCGAGAGCACCGCAUCAACCUCUACUGCGAGCAACCCAGAGCCUGCAGCUCAGGUUGAUGCUAAGCCGGAGAUCGGUGUUGCAGCGACUACUGACGCGGCCGACUCAGACCCCUUCGCGGCCAUGGACCAGAACAAGGCCAAGGCUGAUUUUGACAAUGCUUUUGCAAGCUUCACGAGCGCACACAAGAGCUCAGACAAGUCCGGUGCUGACGGAGCCAAAUCUUUCUCAGCGUUCGACUCUGAAUUCCCUCCCAUCUCCGAGCUUGAUCGCGACGAUGACGAGUCGGACAGCGCAAGUGAGCGCGGCGGCUUCGACGACGACUUCGCUCCCGCGUCUCCUCAGGCCAAGAAGACAGAGGCACCCAAGGAUGCCACGUCCCCUCCGCCUGCAGCUGCGGCCGUGGCACCCGCUCCGGCUGAUGAGACCCCUGCUCCGGCUGCGGACUCCUUGCCCACCUCACCCAAGCCCGCCACUGCGGAGACCACGGCGGCUUCAGAUGCUCCGGCUCCUGAGGCGACUCCUGCUUCUCCUGUUGCUCCUGUUGCUCCUGCUGCUCCCGCUCCUGCUGCUGCGGAAACUGCAGAGCCCGCGCCCAAGCCCAAGUCUUCUUUCGAUGACCUGGAUGACGACUUCGAAGGCCUCGAGGAUGCAAAGGAAGGCUCCGCCGAUGACGACUUCCAGACGAUUUCCCGCUCUGGCCUCGAUGACUUCAACCCUGUUUUCGACAGCAGCCCCCCUCCCAGCCAGGCCAAGACCGAAUCGACGGCUUUUGGACACGAGAGUAGCUACGACUUCGGAGCUGUAUCGCCCAACCCUGCUGCUACCGGUGGCGCGGCGGCGAAGCCCGCCGCACCGGAUGCGCAAGACUGGGAUGCCAUCUUUGCCAGUCUCGAUUCGCCCAGCGCCGCAAACGCGGAGAAGGGUGCUACGGAAGCCCCAGCCCCUGCUCAAGAUUCGCGACCCGCAGCUGGUCGUGCUCUCACUCAGGACGGAGAGCACGAUGAUCCCAUCCUGAAGAACCUGACCAGCAUGGGUUACUCAAGAGAAGCUUCCCUGGUCGCUCUGGAGAAGUAUGAUUAUAACUUGGAGAGGGCUGCCAACUACCUCGCCAGCCAGUCCUAA